AUGAAAGAUAAUAUAUAUGCAUCUGUAGCUUUAUUUCCAACAUGCAAAGAAACGUUAGACAAAUAUAAAGAACAAGAACAGGGAAUAUCAGCUACAUACUGCACACAAGUAACUGGAAUUUCAACUAAUAUUAAAACUAAAUUUAAUCAGAAUUGCCCUAAGGCAGAUUUUUAUUUAAAUGAAAUAUAUAAAAGUUCCCACUCCAAUGAUGAACUAAAAAGGGCGGCUUGUAUAUACAUAUAUUAUUGGAUAUAUAAUGAUAUCCUGAAGGAUACUGGAAAUGAUAUUGAAAUCCAAAAUCUAUAUAACGGCUUUUUGGAGGCGCACCAUAAACCAGGAGAUUUAAAUUUUAAGGAUUUUGUAGAUAUAAAAAUUACAAAAAAUGAACUCAAAAAACUCAAGGAUAUAUAUGAAAUUGACACAGAGAUCAAAAAUAUGGAUAAAGAUAAAUGUGCAUGUGCCAAGAAAUUAUAUAAUUUUUAUAUACAGCAGGAGGAUGAAUGUAAACAUAAAAGUAACAAUGAUUUUUGUGAUGAACUAGAAAAUAUUAGAGAUAGAUAUAAUGCACAAAUGAUAAAUACAAAUUGCCCUGAUGGUACACCUCAGUUAUUACCUUCUUUCCAUCCAUUAAACAUAACCAAAUUAAUCAUAACUACAAUUGUUAUAAUAAUAGUAAUAUCCAUUUUUAUAAUUAUUUUGUAUAAAAAUUAUCAGGUAAUAUUUCGAGGAAUAGGAAAUAUAAUAUACUAUA